UGUUCAUCAGAGGGCUGUGGUGUGUCCUCUUGCUGCUCACGGCUACAUCUGCGCAGUCUCAGCCUCCACAUGUCGUGUUCAUCAUGGUGGAUGACAUGGGAUGGAACGACGUGUCCUUUCACGGCUCGAAUCAGAUCCUGACACCGAAUAUCGACAACCUGGCGUACCAGGGCGUGAUCCUACAGCAGUACUACAGCGAGCCAAUCUGCACGCCGGCCCGCACCGCCCUGCUCACGGGAAAAUAUCCUAUGAGACUUGGAAUGCACGGAGCUCCUUUAUUCAACUCAGAAGACCGUGGCAUACCACUCACGGAGCGACUGCUGCCCUCCUACAUGAAGGAGAUGGGGUACGCCACUCACCUCGUGGGCAAAUGGCACGUCGGCAUGUCCAGAGAAGAGUACCUGCCUACGAAUAGGGGCUACGACUCGCACUACGGCUUGCGAGGAGGCGCCAUUGAUUACUAUACCUAUAACAAAAUAGAUGAGUGGCCAAAUGGGAGGCAGAUGUUUGGGGUGGAUUUGUUUGACAACGAUAUACCGCAAGACUCCGAAACACGAUACAUAGUUGAUGCACUCACAGACCGAGCAUUGCGGGUGAUCAACGGUCACAACACCUCUCAGCCGCUGUUCCUGCACAUCGCGCACAACGCGCCGCACGCAGGCAACCCGGGCGCGUCGCUGCAGCCACCGCUGUAUUCUUCCGUGAAGAAUGCACAUAUCGCGAACCCAGACAGACGCCUGUAUGCAGAGGUGGUGACACACUUGGAUACCAGUAUUGGACUGGUCGUCGAAGCUUUAUUGGACAGAAAUAUUCUCGACGACACUAUAAUAGUAUUCGCCUCAGACAACGGCGCGCCUACAAAUGGAAUGUACAACAAUUGGGGCAUCAAUUUACCGUUCAGAGGGAAAAAGUAUACACCAUGGGAAGGAGGGGUCCGGGUCCCGGCUUUCAUAUGGCACUCUUCGUUCAGACCUAGAGUCUGGCCUGGCCUGAUGCAUAUCACCGACUGGAUGCCUACUCUGGUAGCAGCAGCAGGUGGAGCAGUUAGUGAAGAUAUUGAUGGCAUAAACCAAUGGGACUCUAUAAUACAGGACGGCGAAUCAAAUCGCAGGGAACUGCUAAUAACUGUUGAAGACAGCGCAAAUAAUGUUUAUGCAGCUUAUAGAGCAGGAGACUAUAAAAUUGUAGUAGGUAACGUCACAGGCGUAAGCAAUGGUUAUUACGGGGCACCAUUUAUGGUGAACAAACGACAACCGCCGGAAUACUUCCCUAUAUUAAGAACUUGCGACGCAGCGAGAGCCCUCGAGACUUUGGGCAUGUAUCUGGACGCGGAUGAGGUGCAAGCGAUGAGGAGGGCCACGGCCGUUGUACAGCUGGAUAGAGUUCGGGAUCCCCAACCUUGUGAACCUACACCAACUCAAGGUUGCCUAUUCAAUAUAGUUCGGGAUCCAACGGAGAGUCACAAUUUGUGGACACAAGCUAGUAGUAUAGCGGCUCUGCUGACCAGCAGACUCCGGGCUCUAUGGGCCACACAGCUUCGACGAGGGCCUGUCGUCCUCCAACCCCAGGCUGACCCGGCAAACUUCAACUACUUCUGGAUGCCCUGGGUCAACCAGGCUACCAACGUCACGGCCAGGUUAAGCGGAGAAAUCAAUAUAACAAAGACUGAAUCAAUCCCUGACAGUACGAAUACCACCGUGGCCAUAAUGGUCAACUGCAACGGCACAGUGGGCAUUAGAAACUUUUUGUGCAUUUUAAGAACGAUUCUGUAAUUAUUUAUUAUUGUAGGUUAUUUAUUAUGUUAUGUUUUAUUUACUUAGUGUUGUGAUUUUAUUUAUAAAUAGUGUGGUUGUUACAGCAAAC